AACAAGAUCAUGGCGGAGCAUUGCCACACACAGAAGCAGCUUGAUUUACAAAAUGGUAGCUUAGAGGCAGGCUUGGUGGCAAAUUCCCUCGAGGACGAUUCCCCAAACAUGAUGGAGAGCCUGAGCCCGAAGAAAUAUUCUUCCAGCCUGAGAUUUAAAGCCAAUGGAGACUAUUCUGGCUCUUAUUUAACCCUCUCACAACCUGUGGCUACUAAGAGAAGCCCUUCCCCUCUGGGAACCAGUGUCAGGAGCAGCCCCUCCCUGGCCAAAAUCCAGGGAAGCAAGCAGUUCUCCUGUGAUGGGACUGACAAAAAUAUUUCCAUGAAACCACCCACCCCUCUACUCGGCACUUCCCCCUCCCUCAGUGGGUACCCACUUGGGAGAGGGGACUUUGAUCAUUAUACUGGCCGGGACAGUGAAAGGUCCUUGAGGCUCGCAGAGAAGCCUCCCUACUCCAAAUAUAGCUCGAGGAAUAAAUCCCACGACAAUGUCUACUUUCUCGGGGGGUUGGAAGGCCGGAAAGUGUCUGGCUCGCUCCUGGCCAUGUGGAACGGAAGUCCCCUGAGUGACACGGGCCCCUCUCCCAUCAGCAGAUCGGGGGCAGCAAGCAUGCCUUCAAGCCCAAAGCAAGCCAGGAAAAUGAGCAUCCAGGACAACCUGACCCUUCAGCCCAAGUUGAGCCGACACAAGGAGCCGGCAUCUGAAAACAUGGGUUUAAGAACUAGGAAGUAUUCGGGCAGCAGCCUGAGUCACAUGGGAGCCUACAGCCGCUCUCUCCCCAGGUUGCACAGGGCCACCGACAACCAGCUGACACCCCUCAGUUUGCCUCCCAGAAACUCUCUGGGCAGUUCCAAACGAACGAAACUGGGGGAAAAGGAUCUACCUCAUAGCAUCAUAGACAAUGACAAUUACCUGAAUUUCUCUUCUUUGAGCUCAGGGGCUUUACCCUAUAAACCCUCGGCGUCUGAGGGCCAUCCUUACGUCAGUUCCACCCUCAGUGUCCCUGCCAGUCCGCGAGUGGCUCGCAAGAUGCUUCUGGCCUCCACCUCCUCCUGUACCUCCGAUGACCUUGACAGGGCUCCCUACUCCGGGCCUGGCCCAGGUCACUCGUUUCCUCCUGGGGAGCCGGACAGAGCGUUUGCCGCCAGGAGGAACUUCUCUUGUGGAUCUGUCGAGUUUGAUGAUGCAGAUUUGGACAGCCUCAGACAGGCCUCAGGAACUCCCCAGCCCAUCCUUCGGGAGAGGAAAAGCAGCAUCAGCUCCAUUUCAGGCCGCGAUGACCUGAUGGAUUAUCACCGGCGGCAGAGGGAGGAGAGACUCAGGGAGCAGGAGAUGGAGCGACUGGAGAGACAGCGUCUGGAGACCAUCCUCAGUCUCUGUGCUGAAUACACAAAGCCCGACAGUCGCUUGUCCACGGGCACCACUGUGGCCGAUGUGCAGAAGAUCAAUAAGGAGCUUGAGAAGCUGCAGCUCUCUGAUGAGGAGUCCGUGUUUGAAGAAGCCAUGGUGAGCCCUGACGCCAGGUACAGGUGCCACCCGAAAGGCUCUCUCCACGAUGCGGACUCGGCAAUCUUCGGGAGCGUCGGGCAGAACAGUGCUGGCUUCCUGUCCCCCAGGAGCAUCAGGAAUGAUGACCUGCUCAGGGACCUCACGCCUGCCUUUCUGAAAACUUCCAGCGAGUCUGCUUAUCUUAGUAUCCUACCGAAGACCCCAGAGGAUAUAAACGAAGAACAAAGGAUUCAGGAGUUGGCAGCAAUGGAAGAGACCCGGAUAGCAAUUCUAAAUAACCUCGAAGAACUUGAACAAAAAAUCAAAGAUAUCAAUGACCAGAUGGAUGAAUCUUCCAGAGAGUUGGAUAUGGAAUGUGCUCUUUUGGAUGGAGAACAGAAAUCUGAAACAACUGAACUUAUGAAAGAGAAGGAAAUUUUGGAUCAUCUAAAUCGGAAAAUAGCAGAACUGGAAAAGAAUAUCGUUGGUGAAAAGACCAAGGAGAAGGUAAAGCUUGAUGCUGAGAGGGAAAAACUAGAGAGGCUUCAGGAGCUUUACUCCGAGCAGAAGACCCAGCUGGACAAUUGUCCUGAGUCCAUGAGGGAGCAAUUACAGCAACAACUGAAGAGGGAUGCCGACCUGUUGGACGUGGAGAGCAAACACUUUGAAGACCUGGAAUUCCAGCAGCUUGAGCGUGAGAGCCGUCUGGAUGAGGAGAAGGAGAACCUGACCCAACAGCUCCUGCGUGAAGUAGCCGAAUAUCAGCGGAACAUCGUGACUCGAAAGGAAAAAAUUUCUGCAUUGAAAAAGCAAGCCAAUCACAUUGUCCAGCAGGCUCAGAGAGAACAAGAUCAUUUUGUGAAAGAAAAGAAUAAUUUAAUAAUGAUGUUGCAAAGAGAAAAGGAAAAUCUUUGUAAUUUGGAAAAGAAAUACUCCAGCCUCUCUGGGGGGAAAGGGUUUCCUGUCAACCCCAGUACUCUGAAAGAGGGCUAUAUCAGUGUAAAUGAAAUUAAUGAGCCAUGUGUCAGUUCCACGAAUCUAUCCCCUUCCACCCAGUUCCCUGCUGACGCUGAUGCUGUUGCCACUGGGCCUGCCACAGCUGUGCUGGUGAGCCAGCCACAAAAUAAAGAGCAUUUUAGAAGUCUGGAAGAAAGGAAAAAACAGCAUAAAGAAGGCCUCUAUCUGAGUGACACUUUGCCUCGAAAGAAAACCACACCUUCCAUAUCCCCACAUUUCAGCAGUGCUACUAUGGGGAGAAGCACCGCCCCAAAGGUUCACCUGCCCCUGGGACAGAGCAGUAGCUGUGGCAGUGUCCUCCCUCACUCGCUGGCAGCCAUGACCAAAGACUCAGACUCUCGGAGGGUGCUCAGAGGGUAUAAUCACCAACAGAUGAGUGAAGGACAAAGGCAGAAAUCUUCUGAAUUUUACAACCGCACAGCAUCUGAAUCAAAUGUCUACUUGAACAGUUUCCACUACCCUGAUCACAGCUAUAAGGACCAGGCCUUUGAUACGUUGAGCCUAGACAGCUCUGAUAGCAUGGAGACCAGCAUCUCCGCCUGCUCACCCGACAAUAUCUCUAGUGCCAGCACUUCAAAUAUUGCCAGAAUAGAAGAAAUGGAGAGACUUUUGAAGCAGGCUCAUGCAGAGAAGACCCGACUGCUUGAAUCCAGGGAACGGGAAAUGGAAGCCAAGAAACGAGCUCUGGAAGAAGAAAAACGACGCCGAGAACUCCUGGAAAAACGAUUGCAGGAGGAAACUAGCCAGCGGCAGAAGUUAAUCGAAAAGGAAGUAAAAAUAAGGGAGAAACAAAGGGCACAGGCUCGACCUCUGACACGCUAUCUGCCUGUCCGGAAGGAAGACUUUGAUUUGCGAAGCCACGUAGAAACUGCUGGCCACAAUAUCGAUACCUGUUAUCAUGUGUCGAUCACAGAGAAGACCUGCCGAGGAUUCCUUAUCAAAAUGGGUGGAAAAAUUAAAACUUGGAAAAAACGAUGGUUCGUUUUUGAUCGGAACAAGCGCACAUUCUCUUAUUAUGCAGACAAGCAUGAAGCUAAAUUAAAGGGAGUAAUAUACUUCCAAGCCAUUGAAGAAGUGUAUUAUGAUCACCUCAAGAACGCUAAUAAGAGUCCUAAUCCAUUACUCACCUUUAGUGUCAAGACGCACGACAGAAUCUACUAUAUGGUUGCGCCAUCGCCGGAAGCCAUGCGGAUUUGGAUGGAUGUUAUAGUUACUGGGGCAGAAGGUUACACGCACUUCUUGUUGUAGUGAAUAACGGUCUACUUCAGGGCUGACUGCAAUAAUCUCGUACAAGAAUGAAGCCAUAUUCAAUCCCAGAUGGAAAGACCCAACAGACCCAUCCUUCUCACUGUGUAUACUCAGAACUCCUUUUAUAUUAAUAGAAAGUCAUUUAUAAAAGAGAAAAAAAGGGUUUAAAUUCAGAGCUGGAUGAUAAAUAGCAAAAGGAUUAAAGCACCUAUGAGAAAAGAAAAAAACGACUAUUUUGGUAAAUAGCAUCACUUGUAGGAACAUUUCUUAUAAACUAUUUUUAUCGAUUGUUUACUUUGGUGAAAUAAACUGAAUGGUUUACAAAAUGUAUGUACUUGGAAAUAUGAAAUUAUUUUAGCACCCCAGUUAUUGGCAUUGACAUUAUUGGUUAUCAACCGGUAUUUUAAAAAGCAUUUUGCUGAAGGUUAUUUUAUAAAUAGAAGCAAAUAAGGAUUUGGAGGGGAAUAUAUUUUAGGAGGAGUUUUGCCGUAAUUAUUAAGUACUGCACCUACACCAAAGACUUGAUAUGACUUCUGUUUAAUAGUGGUAGUUUCAGGUGAUGAACCGCAUUUAGUGUUACUCUACAUUUUAAAAUGGUACUUUGAUGCCAUCAACUGUCUAGAAAGUUGACUCUGAAGAGUUACGACUGGUAUAAGCUAUUGUACAUAGAGAGCAAAUCACUUUUUGUAAAAGAAGAAAAAACAAAAAGUUGUGUGUUUUAGACAGAAGCCAUCUUAUUAGACAUUCUGUCACUUUGAGCAAUUUAAAAUAAGGAGAAUAUUUCAUAUUUUGCUAAAGAUUCCUCCAUUUCCAGUGCUGAGAAUAAAGGUAGCCAGCAGCCAAUUUCCUUUAGAUUGUCUGUUUCCUCUUUUUUGUAGAACAUGCCUGUUAAUUGCAGCCUCACGUGCCAUAACGAUGAAAUCAGAGCUCUGUUUUCACCAAAGAACAGACCAAUUAAAAUACUUAUUUACAGAAGUAGCAUAGCUCUAUAAAAAGGAAAAUGAACUUCGACUUAAUGUUCUUUGUAAUGUACUAUUUUAUUAUGUAUUUCUUUACAUUUAGCCUAUGUUUUUUAGAGUUAAAUUAAUUUUUGUUGAAUGAAAUGACUUCAGGCAAGUCUCUUUUGUAACAGUUUUUCAAAUAACUUUAUCCUGGUUUGUCAUGUUGUGUGUAUUUGCAAGUAUAAACAUACUCUUUCCUAAAAGUUGGCAAAUGAAUAGAAAUAGAAAAUAACGGCUUUGCUUACUAGUACAGGGUGAAAUGAUUAGAUUGGAAGUGUCUGUAAAAUCUUUGUCAGGCCUGACGGGGUACAAUUUUUAAAACUUUGCAGUGUGGUUUGUAUACAUGUAUACAUGUUGCCAAUAAUAAGAUUUUGCAACUGGAUAACACAUGAUUUUACUUGAACAGUGGAGGACAAAGUCACGAUUGCAAAAGACAUUUUUAUAAUAUGUUUUUUCAGAGAUCACCCCAAACCCGUAAUGAUCUAAAAGAGUGAAAUGCAAUUGCUAAAAUUUUGUAAUGUAAAGAUGUAACUUGUCUGUACUGUACUUUAUAGGAUUAUAAAGAUAUUUUAAUCAGCAUUAUAUCUUGCAUGAUGUAGUAAACCUUUUAAAAUGUGUGUUAAAAUAUGUUGAGUAUGGAUUAAAAUGUUGACCAGAUUUCACAUUUGAAAAUAAACUCAUCUCUCAUUA